AAAGUACGUAAGAAACGUAUUAUAGUUACCAAAAAAACUACCACAGAAGAAGAUAAAAAAAAUAAUAAGCUACACAAGAAAAAUAAGCAAAAAGAGCGUAAGCAAACACUAGAACAAGAGAUUGACAAUAAUGUAACACAAGACGACAUAAAACAAAUUUACACAGAAGAUUUAGAAAUAGUAGAUAUUGCAAAACCAUUAGGUAAAUGGACAAAAAUGGUUAUGCAGAAUGGAGGCCUUAUGCUACGUUUUGCACAGUUAAUAAAAAAAAAUGAAGGUGGUCAAAAGGGGUUUUGGCAAUUAUUUGUUGAAGCACAAUCUUCAACCAAAAGCAAAAACAGGGGCCAAGGUAGAUAA